GAAAAUAGUUUUUUUUUUUAAAUCAAAGAAACCGGAACAGGAAGUACAUCUUUUCAUACGCAUGCGCAAGCUAACAUUUACAGCGGUAAACGUGAGUGAAACGGAUUGUGUUGGCCAGACCUCUACAUUGAGGAGUGAUUUGUCUGGUUGAGUGUUCGUUACACUGCUUCCAAGAUGGAUUUCCAGCACAGAGCAGGCGGUAAGACGGGCAGCGGUGGAGUGGCCUCCGCGUCGGAGAGCAACCGGGACCGUAGAGAGCGUUUACGACAGUUAGCGUUGGAGACGAUCGAUAUCAACAAGGAUCCCUAUUUCAUGAAAAAUCAUUUGGGGUCUUACGAAUGUAAACUCUGUCUCACUCUACACAACAAUGAGGGCAGCUACCUCGCGCACACACAAGGCAAGAAGCAUCAGACCAAUUUGGCUCGGAGAGCGGCAAAAGAAGCGAAGGAAGCCCCAGCACAGCCUGCACCCGAAAAAGUCAAGGUUGAGGUGAAGAAAUUUGUCAAAAUUGGUCGACCAGGAUACAAAGUUACCAAGCAGAGGGACUCAGAAAGUGGGCAGCAGAGUCUCCUAUUCCAGAUUGAUUACCCAGAGAUUGCGGAGGGCAUUGGACCCCGGCACCGCUUCAUGUCAGCCUACGAGCAGCGCAUUGAACCCCCAGACCGUCGCUGGCAGUACCUGCUGCUGGCUGCAGAGCCCUACGAGACCAUUGCUUUCAAGGUUCCUAGCAGAGAGAUUGACAAAGCAGAGAGUAAGUUUUGGACUCACUGGAAUAAAGAAACAAAACAGUUCUUCCUGCAGUUCCACUUCAAGAUGGAGAAGCUCACACCCAUGCCCAGUGGCCCCGUACCUCCCAUGGGUGUGAAGCGGCCACCCCCUCUCAUGAGUAACAUGGGACCUCGCCCACCCCACGACCCUAUGCCCCCACCUCCCCCGGGUGGCAUGCACAUGCCGCCUUUACCCCCAGGAGCCCCAGGACACCCCCAGAUGCAUCAGAUGCCCGGCCCACCCAUGCCCCCAAUGAUGAGACCACCCCUGCCCACGGACAGGCCAGGAGGAAUGCCCCCUCCCCCACCCAGCUCCUAAGGACACUCAGAAGGAUCGGGCCUUUCAGUUUGCCCAUGCAUUUGAUAUUACGUUUCCAGAUUUCAGCGCUGUGGACAACUGUUCUUGUUGAAAUGAUGUCGCAACAGAAGCAACAUAGACAUAUUGCCGUUGUAUAUUUUUGUUUUUAAUGUAAGGGCCUUGCCAAGGCUGGCAGACUUUGUGUAAACUUUUUUUUAAUUAUUAAACAGUGAAAAGAA